AUGCGCCGCUCACGUCGCUUCUGUGGCGUUUUGCUUCUGGCUCUCCUGGCCUUAGCACCCGCCUCGUUGGGCCCCAAGCGAGCCCUACAGCAGUUGGGGACAUGGACAAACCAGGCCGUCUCCGCCUUUGGCCGGACCGUGCUAAGAUCUGAAGACAUGGAUCUGGCCAAGAUCAGUGGGGUGGAGCCAGAUCGUCCCGGGGGGCUGUCCGCGCUGGCCGUGGGGGUCGUGGGGAACUCGCUGGCCGUGCUGCUGCUGGUCCGAUAUCUGGAGCGGCUGCGGCGCAGCAACCCCCUGCUGCACGAAGGGAAUCUGACCCGGCAGACCUCACCGCAGUGGGCAGUGCCUUGGGGAUCCAAAGAAAUGCUGCAGCAAAACUGGGGAUGGCUACGCGCAGCGAUGUCGGUGAACAUUGAUGAUGUGGAGGCAGCCGCUGGAUUAGAUGCCGCCAUGAUGGUGGAGUUCGCCGACCUAUCAAUGCAGAUUCUAGCUGUCAUAGGCCUGCCGUUGGUCUGCAUCCUUUGCCCUCUUCAUUUCUUCUGCGGUGGUAGCCUCGACAAAGAUGAUAUUCUGAGUUGGAUUGGCAUGGCCAAUGUAGAGCAGGGCAGUUGGCUGUGUUGGGUCCACAGUGGUAUCGUUUGGUUCGUGGUCAUCGUGGUCCAGCAUUCAGUGAAGAGCGCACAGGUCUCAUUUGUCUCCAGGCGAGUUCAGUGGCUCCGCCGCAUGCCCCCGCCACGAUCUACCACAGUGCUGGUGGAACAUAUCCCUCCAGAGCAUUGCUCGGACAGUGGUUUGGUGGCCUAUUUCAACUCCGUCUUCGGCCGGGACGUUGUUGAAUCAGCGCACGUCACCAGGAACACUCGCAUGUUGCGCUACCAUCUGGCCAUGAUCCGCAAGGCCCAGGACCAUGUGGACCAGGCGGUACGUAGUCUGGAGGCCUGUGGGGAGCGGCCCAAGGCCUUCUUCCCCCACAGCCCCAUGCACAAAGCCGUCACGGCGGAUCACAUCGUCCCGGAAAGCCCCGUGCUUGGGGAGAUGCGCGAUGUGAUUGAACGUUGGUCCGAGGUGCUGCAGACCGAGCGCUCCGCGCUCUGCGCGGAGCGCCGUCGCCUGGGCCUUUGCAACGCUGGGGAACCGGACUUCCACGAGGGCGGCUAUGCGACCAGCGGCUUCGUCACCUUCUACACGCGCCGCGACGCGGAGAUUGCGCUGCGCAUGCAGUACCGCGCGCAUGGCAUGCAGUUCAUUGUGUCAACACCUCCGAGUCCGGAAGACGUUCGGCAUUUGGAUCUGCAAAAGCGAGAGUGGGGCUUCGGCGACUUCCUUCUGGGCUAUUCUUGCAUUGUCUUCCUCUUCUGGGUCUUCGCACCUUUCAUCGUGGCAUUUUCCGCAGUGGCACGCUUGGAAAAUCUACAGACCAUCGUGCCCAGUCUCCACGUUGUGGUGAUGCUUUGGCCUGUCACUCGUACCAUAUGGGAUGGCCUCGCGAGUUCAUUGGCGCUGGGACUCUUUGUGGGCCUUCUGCCGAGUUGGCUGACAUUCAUUUGUGACUGGCUCUUCAUCAUGAAAUCUGGAAGGCAGUUGCAACUCCAGGUGCAGAAGUGGUACUUCUACUUCUUGGUAGUUUUUGUACUUAUGGUUACAGCCAUUGGAUCCUCACUCUUCUACACUCUGAAGAGUCUAGUGGAACGGCCUGGUGAGAUUUUUUCGCUCUUGGCGACCACGACCGUCUAUGCUGCGGAGGUUACACGCUACCAUGUGGCCGUGAAAUAUUUUGCUCUGAAAGCCUUGAGGGGGGCUGAAAGGGCCAUAGAGGCCUGCGAACCAGAGGAUCAGGCCCACUAUGGCAUCGGUGCGAGAUCUGCGCGGAUGUCGUUGCUUCUGGUCAUGGCAAUUCUGUUUUGCAGCUUGUCUCCUCUGAUCUGCGUUUUGGGUUUCAUUUGCUUCUUCAUCUGCCGUGUCGCCUACACCUACCUGCUGGUCUAUUCUGAGAUCCCCAAGCCUGAUACGGGCGGGGCGUUUUGGUGUGCCCAGCUGCAUCAUGUGCAACAAGGCCUCUUUAUCUACGUAUUGUUGAUGACUGGCGUUUUGCUCGACAAGGCAGAUUCCAUGGGGCCUCCCCUCAUCACCCUGGCCUGUGGUGUACAGCUACUUCAGCGCUACAUGCGCUAUCGACGCAGGUUCCAGUGGCAUGGGCUACCUUUCGAGGAUUUGAACCAUGAGCCCCUCGUGAAGGUGAAGUCCGCCCAAAUAGUCUUGAACUCCAGCAGUUUCUUGCAGAGACCCUCCCUGCAAAAGCUGCAAGUGCUGGCCAGCAGGCAAGCGGAUCGCUUGAGUGACCGCGCGGCCAAGCAGUUGGCAUCCUUUUUGCAGGAUCCUGGCGCAGGCUCUGUGAAAGGCGUCCUUGAUGGCCUUGAGAUUGAUUUCAACAGCAGCUUAAAGGAUUUGCACGACACCGAGAAGGAGAACAAGGGGGCCUAUGAGAAGCUGAUCAAAGCGAAACGUGAGGAGAUCGACUCUGCCAACGUUCAGAUUCAAACAAAGAAGGAGGAAAAGGCCAACGCAGAUGAGGAAUUGCUGCAGAAGAAGCAGGACGUCAAGGAUGCAAAGGGUUCAAAGGAUGAGGAUUUGGCCUUUGCCAAAGAGGUACAGGAGAAGUGCGCGGCCAAGGAAAAGGCGUGGGAGCAGCGACAGCAGACGCGUGCUGACGAGACGCAGGCAAUCGAGGUCCUGGACUCUGAUGCCUCCCACGAGUUGUUCGGUCCUCCCUGCUAA